AUGGCACACGGCAGGCUUGAAAAUAAGGUGGCGAUAGUGACGGGUGGUGGUUCUGGUUUUGGUCGAGGCAUUGCCACGAAGUUUGCCCAGGAAGGUGCCAAAGUCAUCAUUGCCGACCUAUCUGGUGAAGCUGCUCAGACCGUAGCUAGCGAGCUCGGCUGCGAGUACUCUGUGGCGGACGUGACAAAACGGGAACACUGGAACGACCUGCUCAAAUUCGCUCUAGAACAUUUCGGAGGGCUCGAUAUCAUUGUCAAUAAUGCUGGGGCAACUUACAAGAACAAACCGACCAUGGAAGUCACGGACAAGGACUUUGACCUUGUUAUGGACGUCAACGUGCGGUCGAUAUUCCUCUCGACAAGUGUUCUCGUGCCCUAUUUUCUCGACAACAAACGACCUGGAGUGUUCAUCAACAUAGCAUCGACGGCUGGUAUCCGACCCCGACCCGGCCUCACGUGGUAUAAUGCCUCGAAAGCCGCAGUCAGUAAUGCCACGAAGACUAUGGCUGUCGAAUAUGGGCCCCAGAAGAUUCGCUUUAACGCCGUCUGUCCAGUUGUUGGAAGCACUGGAAUGACGCAUCUUUUCCUUGGUAAGCCGGAUACGGAGGAAAAUCGAGCGGGAUUUGUUUCCACUGUCCCACUGGGUCGCGGUUGCACACCCGUCGACGUGGGAAAUGCUUGCUGCUACCUCGCAAGUGAUGAGGCAGAGUUCAUCACGGGGGUGAACCUCGAGGUUGACGGCGGCCGAUGUGUAUGA